GGGUGGUGUCGGCCAACGCCCCCGUCCCGUCCCGCUGGCCUUUGCGUUUGCUUGGUCGCAGGCCCAGCUUUGGGGACCUUUUACUUGUAGGGCUGGGGGCGCUGAGGUCCAGCCGUCCUCUCCCGCAUCCGCGGUCCGAGAUAGGCCGACCCGUGAGUAAGACCGUGCACCUUGAGGUCAGUUCUUGUUCCUGUUGGGUGUUUUCCAUGCUCCAUCAUGUUGAGGGCUAAGAGUCAGCUUUUUUUGCUUUCACCCUAUCACCUGAAGCAGCUGAAAGAGUCAUCAAGCUCCAGGCUUAUAUGGCAGCGACUUCUGCAUCAGCAACAACCCCUUCACCCAGAAUGGGCUGCCCUGGCUAAAAAGCAGCUGAAAGGCAAAAACCCGGAAGAACUAAUAUGGCACACCCCAGAGGGGAUCUCCAUAAAGCCUCUGUAUUCCAGCAGGGAUACCAAGGACUUACCUGAAGAACUUCCAGGAGUAAAGCCAUUCACACGUGGGCCGUAUCCCACCAUGUACACCUUUAGGCCCUGGACCAUCCGCCAGUAUGCUGGUUUUAGUACUGUGGAAGAGAGCAAUAAGUUCUAUAAGGACAAUAUUAAGGCCGGUCAGCAGGGAUUAUCAGUUGCUUUUGAUCUGGCAACUCAUCGUGGCUAUGAUUCAGACAACCCUCGAGUUCGUGGUGACGUUGGAAUGGCUGGAGUUGCUAUUGACACUGUGGAAGAUACCAAAAUUCUUUUCAAUGGAAUUCCUUUAGAAAAAAUGUCAGUUUCCAUGACCAUGAAUGGAGCAGUUAUUCCAGUUCUUGCAACUUUUAUAGUAACUGGGGAAGAACAAGGUGUACCUAAAGAGAAACUUACUGGUACAAUCCAAAAUGAUAUACUAAAGGAGUUUAUGGUCAGAAAUACUUAUAUUUUUCCUCCAGAACCAUCCAUGAAAAUUAUUGCUGACAUCUUCCAAUAUACAGCAAAGCACAUGCCAAAAUUUAAUUCAAUUUCAAUUAGUGGAUACCAUAUGCAGGAAGCAGGAGCUGAUGCCAUUCUGGAACUGGCCUAUACUGUAGCAGAUGGAUUGGAGUACUGUAGAACUGGACUCCAAGCUGGCCUGACAAUUGAUGAAUUUGCACCAAGGUUGUCUUUCUUCUGGGGAAUUGGGAUGAACUUUUAUAUGGAAAUAGCAAAAAUGAGAGCUGGGAGAAGACUCUGGGCUCACUUAAUAGAGAAAAUGUUUAAGCCUAAAAACUCUAAAUCUCUUCUUCUAAGAGCACAUUGCCAGACAUCAGGAUGGUCACUUACUGAGCAAGAUCCUUACAAUAACAUCAUUCGUACUGCAGUAGAAGCAAUGGCAGCAGUGUUUGGAGGGACUCAGUCUUUGCACACAAAUUCUUUUGAUGAAGCCCUGGGUUUGCCAACUGUGAAAAGUGCUCGAAUUGCCAGGAACACGCAAAUCAUUAUUCAAGAAGAAUCUGGGAUUCCUAAAGUGGCUGAUCCUUGGGGAGGUUCAUAUAUGAUGGAAUCUCUCACAAAUGAUGUUUAUGAUGCUGCCUUGAAGCUCAUUAAUGAAAUUGAAGAGAUGGGUGGAAUGGCCAAAGCUGUAGCAGAGGGAAUACCUAAACUUCGAAUCGAAGAAUGUGCUGCCCGAAGACAAGCUAGAAUAGAUUCUGGUUCUGAAGUAAUUGUUGGAGUAAAUAAGUACCAGUUGGAAAAAGAAGAAUCUGUGGAUGUUCUGGCAAUUGAUAAUACUUCAGUGCGUAACAAGCAGAUUGAAAAACUUAACAAGGUCAAAUCCAGCAGGGAUCAAGCUUUGGCUGAGCGGUGUCUCACUGCCCUGACUGCAUGUGCUGCCAGUGGAGAUGGGAAUAUUCUCGCUCUUGCAGUAGAUGCAGCUCGUGCAAGAUGUACAGUUGGAGAAAUCACAGAUGCCAUGAAAAAGGUAUUUGGUGAGCAUAAAGCUAGUGAUCGUAUGGUGAGUGGAGCCUAUCGCCAGGAAUUUGGAGAAAGUAAAGAGAUAUCAUUUGCUAUCAAGAGGGUUCAGAAAUUCAUGGAAUGUGAAGGUCGUAGACCUCGUCUUCUUGUGGCAAAAAUGGGACAAGAUGGACAUGACAGAGGAGCAAAAGUUAUUGCUACAGGAUUUGCUGAUCUUGGUUUUGAUGUGGAUAUUGGUCCUCUUUUUCAGACUCCCCGGGAAGUGGCCCAGCAGGCUGUGGAUGCAGAUGUUCAUGCUGUGGGUGUGAGCACACUCGCUGCUGGGCAUAAGACCCUAGUUCCUGAGCUCAUCAAGGAACUCAACGCCCUUGGACGGCCAGAUAUUCUCGUCAUGUGUGGGGGGGUGAUACCACCACAGGAUUAUGAAUUUCUGUUUAAAGUUGGUGUUUCCAAUGUAUUUGGUCCUGGGACUCGAAUUCCAAAGGCUGCCGUUCAAGUGCUUGAUGAUAUUGAGAAGUGUUUGGAAAAGAAGCAACAAUCUAUAUAACAUCCUGUUUUUGUUUUAGCUUUUCUAAACUAUUCUUUCACUAAUGAUCAAAGAAGCCACGUCUUCAAAUUAUUCAACACCUAAUAUGUGCUUUCCUGAAAGCUUUACAUUCAAGCACCUGACUUAUAAGAAUGUUGUUAUGCUAUAAGUGUGUAUGUAUAGUUUCACUUUAAUUUU